GUCUUAUCAGUGCCUCACCUCACUCUCCGCUCUCAUGGCCGUCUCACGGUGAUUCCCCCUCUGAUUGUAGAGUAUAGAUAAGCGUGAUUUUGGUGAUAGCUGUGAUUAUUCCCUACCGUGGUACCAGGGCAGGUUCGUAAUAUGCUUCGCCCUAAGUUCUUCAUUACCGUUUAUAAGAGCGUUCGCGCCGUGAUAGCCGCUAGCGGGUCGCAGGCUCCUAGGCCGCCUUUAAGCGACUCUAAUUCAUCGCAAUUCUUAUUUAUUCCGUCGCACCCGCCGUCGCUGGAUCCACCCUCAUCUGCGAAUCCGUCGCAUGCACAGCUUCCGUCGCAACCACUGUCGCAAUUACCGUCGCAACCGCAAUCGCCGAGUGCUCCCGUCGUUCGAUCCGGUGCGAGCGAUCCUCCGUUUGAGGCGGCCCAGCACACCAGCGGGCCGUACGCAAUACACAGUGCUCCCGAUGCUGGGCCUUGCGCCCCUGGGAAUGCCGAACAAGGAUGCGCAGUGGGCCACGAAAAUUCAAUUACACGGUUACCACAUGGCGAGGCGGCGGAGAGGAGCACGCUGAACCAGCAGCCUCACCCGCAGCCAAAGCAGCAGGAGCAACAAGAGCAACGAGAGCAGCACCCUGCCAGCAGUAGCUUGUUCUUAGCACGCCAGGGAUCGCCGUUGCAAGCAGCUAUGGCGGUCGAGAGCGCAGCCCGGGGAACAGCGCCAGAAGCGCUAGGGCCAAUGGUGGCCGCUAGUAGCGGCAGUACUGCCCCCCAGCAGACCUCCCACCACCCCUUCUCACACCAUUCCGCCGCACACCACCUCUCCUCGCACCAUUCCGCCUCUACCUCCUCCUCCUCCUUCCUCCCCUCCUUUCGGUCCCUCGCUUCCUCUUUCACGAAGCUCUUUAAGCGCCGCUCGCCGCCCGAGCCUGUGCUGCAGCCUCGGCACCAUGUCGCAGCUGGCUUGGUGCCCGAGCCUACCCCACAGGCUGUGGUCGAAUGGGCUGCCGAGCCAAGCUCGCAAACAGGGUUUUUUCGCAAAAUGAGGAGCGCUGCAGGCAAUCUCUUGACUCAGCCGCCCAGUUUGCCGCGCCUCUCGUCCAGCCUGGCAGAUGCGACAGGCACUGCAGGCCGGAGGCCUCACGAGGAGGUGGCGGAAGGGGGCCUGGCGGAACGUGCGGGAAUGCAGCAAAUGGCGGAGAGAGUGGCGGAGAGGAUUGAGGGGAGGAUGGAGGGAAGGGCACCGAGGAUUUUGCCGGAUGGGGCAACGGCGAGGGGGGUGGAGUGGGCAGAGGAGGCAGUUGUGGCAGCGCGGAAGAAAGGCCGAGGGCACUGGAGGGGGAGUCGGAGCCGAAGCAGUGCUUCAGCUGUGCGCUCUGCUGGUGCUGGUGGUGCUGGUGGUAGUGCUGGCGCUGGUGCUGGCGAUGCAGGCUAUCAUAGUCGCACGCUCAACGCGGCUGUAGCUCCAUCAGGUGCUGCUUCAGGUGCUGCCUCAGGUGGUGCUUCAGGUUUUGCGCCAGGUGCUGUCUCACGAGGUGCAGCACCAGGUGGUGCCUCAGGUGCAGCUGGGGCGGCAGUUGCUCCUCAGCUUCAGCUGCAGCAGGGGCUUAGGGCGGGGUACGCGCAGCACAGGGAGCAGGCGCAACAGGUACUGGCGCAGCAGGGAGCCGGGUGGCAGGGCGUGGGGCAGGGCGUGGGGCAGGCACAAGAGGCUCGGGGCAUGCAGCACGUGGCGGGGCGGCAGGGGUCGGUGAGGGCAGGGGGCGUGCAGCGUGCGGUGUACCGGCAGGGGAGCGGGGAGAGGCAUGGGGGUGGGGAGUUGAGCGAGCUCAGGAGCAGCAGCGGGCGAGGCUUCAGCGGGCAGUGGGAUCAGGGGGAUGCUAGAGGACGUGGUAGCAGCAGCAGCAGCAGUUAUUCCAUCACACCACCACCAGCACUGGCACCAGCACUGGCACCAGCACCAGCAGCAGCACCAGCACCGGCAACAGCACCAGCACCAGCACCAGCACCAGCACCGGCAACAGCACCAGCAGCAGCAGCAGCAGCAGCAGCACCUACUACUCAUGCCAUGGCUGUUACUGUCACCGCAAUUCCACCCCGAACCCCUUCUCAUGGCCCUGCCCCGUCCUCCUCUUCCACUCCUGCUCCCCCUCCUCCUGCCAGCAUCCACUAUCGAGGCUUCGCUCGGAGGGCAGAGAGAGGGUGGCCGCUGGCAGCAGCAGGCAGUGCUGCUGACCGGGUGACGUCAGCAGCGGCAGCACCAACUCCAGCUGUCUCACAUGGACCAGUGGCGCUAGACGACGCAGCAGCAGCACGAGGGAAAGCAGCAGCAGGUGAAGCAGCAGGAGUGGCAGCAGCAGAGGCAGGCCAGAGACACGGAGGGGAGACGAGAUGGCAGAGGGAGCCUUGGGCUAGGGAGGGAUUUAGUGGGGAAGCAGGUAGAGCGCUGGGAGGGCGAGGGAGAGGGAGAGGGAGAGGGAGAGGGAGAGGGGGACGGGGAGGCAGAGGCGGCGUGGGAGCGCCAGCAGAGGAAAGAGGGUUGAGAGGAGACGGAGAGGGUGGGAUGUCAGCGCAGGGACCGGACAGAUAUGCAGUUGCUGCUGCAGCGGGAGCAGUGCGAGCAGUGGGGGUAACGGGAAGAGUGGCAGGCAGAGUUGGCAAGAGAGCAGCACAGCGGGAGAGGGACAGCGGGCUGGUGUCUGCCAUUCUCAACAUGCUCAGAUCCAUCCUGCCCUCGCCUCCCGCUGCUCACGCCGCCACUCCUCUGGCUCACCCUGUCCCGGACGCUGCUCCUGCUGCCCCUUUCCAGGGCCCUGCUACCAGCUCUCCUCUUCCUGCUGCUGCUGCUGCUGCGGGUGGUUCGCCUGCUCAAGUGAUGGCGAUGCAACGGGCGACGAGUGGUGGAAGGAUGGGUGUGGAUGAGAUGGGGGCACUGCUGCAGCAGCAGUGGCAGGACCGGCUAGCCGGCAGCAAUGCCGGCAGCAAUGCCGGCAGCAGAAGCGCCAAGAGGAAGAGCAAAAGCAGCAAGGGCGGGGACGAGGAGCCCACUGCCAGGAACACAGGCAAUAGUCAGCGCGCAGUGCCUUUGCAGUCGGCGCAAAAGCCGCUUGGGAAGGUGAAGGCAUACCAUGUGAGCGAGGUGCUCAAGGCUCUCUGGGACGCCGAUGCGGGCCUGGCGUUCUUCCGGUGGGCCAAGGACGUGCAGGGCGUGCAGCCGGACGCGCACGUGUACUCCAGCCUCCUCGGGCUGCUGGGCCGCGGAAAAAACGCUGCUAAUCUGGAGGGGAUCGAGGAGGAGAUGAGGAAGGAUGGGUGCGGGCACAACUCGUACACGCUGCAAGCUCUUGCUGCCGCGUAUUCUCGAGCCGGGAGGUUUGAGGAGGCGCUUGCGACAAUGGCUGAGAUGGAGCAGAGGGGCAUUCCAGCUGACCCCUUCUCGUUCGGCACGCGCGUGGACGUGCUGUACCGCAUGGGGCGGUACCGCGACGUGAUCAAGACGUUCCACAUCAUGCGAGAGGCGGGCCACGUGCCGGACGUGUUCGUGUACAACACCGUCAUCACCAGCUACGGCCGCUUGGGCAACAUCAUCGGCGCGGAGCUGGCAUUCCGGGAGAUGCUGGCCCAUGGGAUGACCCUCAGCGUCUUCUGCGCCAACAGCCUCAUGGACGGGUAUGGGCGGGCUGGGAGGCUGGAUGACGCCAUGUCGAUUUUUGACCGAAUGUGCCUCUCUGCUGUUGCUGCUGGGGCGAGUAAAGGGAGGGGAGGUGAUUCGGAGGGGUUGCCGACGGUUGCUGCAGUAGGUGCGGUGGCUCCUGGUGCGGCCGGGAGGGCGUUUCUGAAGGCCCAAAAUGGGUUAAGAGUUCCUCUGUCUCUACCUGGAGCAGCACCAGCAUCAGCAGCAGCAGCGGCUGCAGCCGCGAGAGCCACUUGCACCAAUGCUGCUGCUGAAGUGGUACCCGCUGCGCCAGCAGCACAUCCCACUGCUCUCACCACCACCACCCGUUCUGCCCGUCCGUCCAUCUGGCCAGCCCCGGACAUCUCCACGUACAGCCUGGCGAUCCACCUUCUCAGCACGGCAGGGCGGCUGUCCGAAGCAGAGGCCACGUUUGAAGCGAUGAUGGUAGCGGGCAUACAGCCGGACGUGGUGGCGUGGUCCACCAUGGUGCAGAUGUGGGCCAAGGAAGGCAACCCCCAGCAGGCGGCGGUGUGGUUCAAGCGCAUGGUGCUCGCAGGGUGCCGGCCCGAAACCCCCGCGUACAACUCUCUCAUGUGGGCGUUUGUGAGCCGGGGGAUGUUUGACGAGGCCGGGGAGGUGCUAGCUGCACUGAAAAACGGGUGGGACCUGGUGGGGCAAGCGGAUAGGCUAGGAGAAAAGAAGCCAGCCGGCUUAGGUCUAGAGAAGUGCUGUGAAGCCGGCGUUGAGUUGAUACCAAACGGGAGUGAAGGCAGUACUGCCGAUACGGCGGUUAAACCCUUCGAUCCGAUACCCGGUGUGGGCCCUAACCUGAUGACGCACACCAUGUUUCUCAGCGCCUGCACCGCCUCGACCGCUCGCUGCGAGGUCAGCCGGCUGAUGCGCCUUAUGGAGGCCACGGAGCAUCCCGCGCACGCCAUCUUCCAGCUGCUUGCGGAGGAGCCUGUCGAGACGGCUCACAUGGCGGUGGUAGAGGAGGUCGGGAGGGAGAUGGGGAGUGAGAGUGAGCGUACGAGGGUAGAGAGGGAAGGGGAGAAUGCUGAAACGAGGGGAGAGGAUGAGGGAGGAAGCGAGGUGAUUCUUGAGUCGACUCAAAAAUCACCUGGGGAUGGGGGAGGAAGGGAGGAGUGUGGUCACAGGGAGUUGGGGCAGGGUGCAAUCGCAAGGGUGAUAGCGAGGGGUUUGGUGGAGGUGGAAGUGAGGGAGGUGUGGAGGGAGCGCGAGGAGGAGCGGUGGAGGGAGAUAGAGAGGAGGAUGCGUCAUGAUUCGUUCAGUAAGUCGGAGGUUGAGUGUCAGCGUGCCUUUGCUGACACGUCAAUUUCCUUCCUGCAUAAGUUUGGGCGGCAAGAGCGGGCGGCGCGCAUGUGGGACCUCUGCCACACGCGGCUGCAGCUGUACCCUAACAGCAUUCGGCUGCCUGCGAUUGCCGGGCGGGCUGGACGAUGCUCGGUGGAUUUGCAUAGCAUGUCGGCCGGCACGGCAGUGACUGUGACCAGGUGGGCCCUGGAGAAGAUGCGGCAGGCUGUGGUGGCCACUGCUGCUUCAGACGCCACUGCUGGUUCAGAUGCCACUGCUGCUUCAGAUGCUGGGGAUUCCACAGCAGAGGUGGCGGAUCCAGCAGAGGAAUCAGAGGAUGGUGAGGAUGGGGCGGCACUAGGUGACCAGGAGCCAUCAGGAUCAUCAUUGUCAUCAGGAGCAGCAGCAGCAGCAGCAGCAGCAUUUUCAGCAGAAUCACCCCUGCGGUGGCGCCGACCAGGAAAGGUGGAGAUAGUAACGGGGUGGGGUAAACGCAGCAGGGUGCAGGGAGCCUCUCUGGUGAAGGCAGGAGUGGAGGCGGUGCUGCUGAGGGAGCUGGGGGCGCCCUUCUCCGUGCACCGCUUCCACCCCGGCUCCUAUGAGGCCGAUGGCGCUGACCUGGAGGCAUGGUUGCUCUCGCCAGGUGUCGACCAGCUACUGGCUCCUUGAGAUGAGGGGUGAUGGGAGAAGGCACCUACUGCUGGGCCCGUGAACCAACUGGCAACUGGGGAAUGUUCACUAAGGCGGUACAAGUUGGAUCUGAGAAAAGUUGGAUCCAAAAGUGAAUUACAUGCACUGCACUGUACGGCGCGCGUAUAGUGGGAUUCGAGGUUUCAGAUCUAACUUGUUGCCGAUGCACCAACCAACGUUGAAAACUAGAACGAACGAAUGAAUCUGCCAGCAACAAAGCACCCUCCUCUCCUCGCCCACUCACCUAUCGCGAUGCUUUAUGAGUUGUAGGCAUGGCCCCAUUGCUGGAGUCUUAUUAUCCUGUAGUGCUGUAGUGCCCCCCAGCCAAACUGCGAGGUAC